AUGACUGGAACACAUGGAGGCAUCAAACAGAUGAUCGAGCCACCGCAGGGAGACCACAGAGCAGACCAGGAGGGAGACCACAGAGCGGGACAGGAGGGAGACCACAGAGCGGGACAGGAGGGAGACCACAGAGCAGGACAGGAGGGAGACCACAGAGCAGGACAGGAGGGAGACCACAGAGCGGGACAGGAGGGAGACCACAGAGCGGGACAGGAGGGAGACCACAGAGCAGACCAGGAGGGAGACCACAGAGCAGGACAGGAGGGAGACCACAGAGCAGGACAGGAGGGAGACCACAGAGCGGGACAGGAGGGAGACCACAGAGCAGGACAGGAGGGAGACCACAGAGCAGGACAGGAGGGAGACCACAGAGCAGGACAGGAGGGAGACCACAGAGCGGGACAGGAGGGAGACCACAGAGCGGGACAGGAGGGAGACCACAGAGCAGACCAGGAGGGAGACCACAGAGCAGGACAGGAGGGAGACCACAGAGCAGGACAGGAGGGAGACCACAGAGCGGGACAGGAGGGAGACCACAGAGCAGCAGGAGGGAGACCACAGAGCAGGACAGGAGGGAGACCACAGAGCAGACCAGGAGGGAGACCACAGAGCAGGACAGGAGGGAGACCACAGAGCAGGACAGGAAAGAAGGACAGAGCUCUAAAAAAUAAUCUGAAGGCUCCCGCUGCAGUGAAUACCAAAAGCCUACUUCAGGAUCAAGAGAGGUCUUCCUGUUUUUCAAUCAAGAUGGGGAACGGCUUAUCCGACCAGCCUACGUUCUUCUCCUGCCUGCCGUCGUUCCAGUCCUUCCACAUCGUCAUCCUCGGCUUGGACUGUGCCGGAAAGACUACCGUGCUUUAUCGGCUACGCUUCAACGAGUUUGUGAACACCGUCCCAACCAAAGGGUUCAACACAGAGAAGAUCAAGAUUUCUCUCGGGAGCAAGCGGCGAACGGCUUCUUUCCACUUCUGGGACGUUGGCGGGCAGGAGAAGCUCCGCCCCCUCUGGCGAUCCUACACGAGAUGCGCCGAUGGAAUUAUCUUUGUGGUGGAUUCGGUAGAUACGGAACGCGUAGAGGAGGCCAAAACUGAACUGCACAAAAUCACCAGGCUGGCAGAGAACCAGGGGGUGCCCGUGCUGGUGGUGGCCAACAAGCAGGACCUGAGGAACUCUCUGACUCUCGCCGAAAUGGAGAGUAUGAUGGCGUUGGGCGAGCUUAGCCUGGCCACGCCUUGGCAUCUGCAGCCGGCGUGCGCUAUCAUCGGCGAGGGUCUCCAGGAGGGCAUGGAGAAGCUUCACGCCAUGAUUAGGAAGCGAAGGAAAACGCUGCGGCAACAGAAGAAGAAAAGAUGA